AUGUCAGAUGAACAUCCAAGGCAGUUUCUUAGUAUGCCAGGAGAAGCCCAGCAUAAGGGAACAGAAUAUUAUGAUGGGAAAACAAAGAGAUAUGUUGAGUUUCCAAUAUCAAUCAUAGAUAUAUUGCAAAUGAUGUUCAGAACGCCUAUCAUUUGCAUUGCUGCUGUGACAGGAGCAGCACAAUGA